AGAGCAGUGCUGGGAGCGGGGAAGGGGUGCGCGGCGCCCCUGUUGCUUCUUCCCUUUGCGGGGUGGUUAUUAGGUAGGCUUGGGGAAGGCGGAGUUUGGGGGGCCGGGGGCGGGGCUGGGCUGCGCUGGGAGGAAGAGGGGGGGCGCGCUGGCUCUAGCUCCGCUCAGACAAAAGGCGGCGGCGGGAGCGGGCGGGAGGCGGAGCGGCGCCGCGAGGGCCUCAAGGUGACACCCGCCCCCGGCCCCGGCCCCCCCAGCCCGGCCCCUCUAGCCUGCCCCCCACCCACGGCCUCCAUCCCCUUACCCCCGGUGCCCUUUCCAGGCCCCCUCCCCCCCGUCGGGGGGUGGGGAGCAGCGAGGGCCCCGCCCCCUCCCGCCCCUUCCCCAGGGCCCGCGCAGGAUGCCCCCAGCCCCUGGCAGCCCCCCGGGAGGUCCUGAGCUCGACGCGCCCCCUCUACGCCAUGUCCCCCCCUGGCUCGGCCGCGGGAGAGAGCGCCGGCGGCGGCGGCGGCAGUGGCGGCUCCGGGGUCCCGGAGGAGCCCAUGGCAGCGGCGGACGAGGGCCCCGCCCGAGAGGAGCAGCGUCCCAUCCAGCCCUCUUUCACAAAAUCCCUCUGCCGUGAGUCCCACUGGAAGUGCCUCCUGCUCUCGCUGCUCAUGUACGGCUGCCUGGGGGCAGUGGCUUGGUGCCAUGUCACCACAGUGACCCGCCUCACCUUCAGCAGCGCCUACCAGGGCAACAGCCUCAUGUACCAUGACAGCCCUUGCUCCAACGGCUAUGUCUACAUCCCCCUGGCCUUCCUGCUCAUGUUGUACGCCGUCUACCUGGUGGAGUGUUGGCACUGCCAAGCCCGCCAUGAGCUGCAGCACCGUGUUGAUGUGAGCAGUGUGCGGGAGCGUGUGGGCCGCAUGCAGCAGGCCACGCCCUGCAUCUGGUGGAAGGCCAUCAGCUACCACUAUGUACGCCGAACCCGUCAGGUCACCAGAUACCGCAACGGAGAUGCCUACACCACCACCCAGGUCUACCAUGAACGGGUCAACACGCAUGUAGCGGAGGCCGAGUUCGACUAUGCGCGCUGUGGCGUCCGAGACGUGUCCAAGGCGCUGGUGGGGCUGGAGGGCGCGCCUGCCACGAGGUUGCGCUUCACCAAGUGCUUCAGCUUUGCCAGCGUGGAGGCUGAGAACGCGUACCUGUGCCAGCGCGCGCGCUUCUUCGCCGAGAACGAGGGCCUGGACGACUACAUGGAGGCGCGCGAGGGCAUGCACCUCAAGAACGUGGACUUCCGCGAGUUCAUGGUGGCCUUCCCGGACCCAACCAGGCCUCCCUGGUAUGCCUGCUCGUCGGCCUUCUGGGCCGCGGCGCUGCUUACGCUGUCGUGGCCCCUUCGCGUGCUGGCCGAGUACCGCACGGCCUAUGCGCACUACCACGUGGAGAAGCUCUUCGGUCUGGAGGGCCCGGGUUCGGCUAGCAGCGCGGGCGGCGGCCUCAGCCCCAGCGACGAGCUGCUGCCCCCUCUUACCCACCGCCUGCCGCGGGUCAACACGGUGGACAGCACGGAGCUCGAAUGGCACAUUCGCUCCAACCAGCAGCUGGUGCCCAGCUACUCCGAGGCGGUGCUCAUGGACCUGGCGGGGCUGGGCGCGCGCUGCAGCGGCGCGGCGGGCGGCGGCUUCGCGCCCACCUGCCGCUACGGCGGGGUGGGCGGCCAGGGCGCGGCGGGCGUGGCCCCGUACCGGCGCAGCUGCGAGCACUGCCAGCGCGCGGUCAGCAGCUCGUCCAUCUUCUCGCGCAGCGCACUAAGCAUCUGCGCCAGCCCGCGGGCCGGCCCCGGGCCGGGCGGAGGCGCGGGCUGUGGGGGCAGUCGCUUCUCGCUCGGCCGUCUCUACGGUUCCCGACGCAGCUGUCUGUGGCGCAGCCGGAGCGGGAGCGUCAACGAAGCGAGCUGCCCCACGGAGCAGACGCGGCUGUCGAGCCAGGCCAGCAUGGGGGACGACGAAGACGACGACGAGGAGGAGGCCGGCCCGCCGCCGCCCUAUCACGACGCCCUCUACUUCCCGGUUCUCAUCGUCCACCGGCAGGAGGGGUGUCUGGGCCACAGCCACCGACCGCUGCACCGCCACGGCUCCUGCGUGGAGACCUCACUGUGACCUCCGGCCCUGGAGAGGCCCUUAGCGUCCUCUCUCCUGCCCCUUGCCGCCUGUGCUCCCUGCGUGUAGCGGGGGGAGACACGAGGAUGACUGAGGCUGGGCAGGUUACAGCAGGAAGAGGGGAGAGGGUAAGAGGAGA